AUGUUACCAACAGCAUUCAGGAUUGGCGCCAGAAGCUCAAUCCAGACACAUUAUCCACUCCGAAGCCUCGUUCGAUGUCGUUUUUAUUCAGGGCCUCCACUUAAGUCGUAUCAUGGAUUAAAGAGUCCUCUCUCGUUGAUAUGGGCUCGCUCACCUUCACAGUUAAAGGUCUUCACCGGUGUCUUGGCCACUGGGUUGGCUAUAGCAAAUCUACAUCCUAGUACGAUCGUCACUCUAGGUCCUCCCUUGGGUGUGCUAUCGUGGUAUUCAAGAAAGUGGUAUGAGAAAGAGGAAUAUACUAGACUGGUGAAUGAGAUUCUACCCUCGUCUCUGGAGGAUUUCGAGAGACCUGACCAGAGGAUCAGCUUGGCUCGCUACGAUGAAACCGACGUUGAUACCGCCAUAAAAGGUUUUGAUGAUGAGUUUCUGUAUUUCAAGAAACAGAUCCUAGAGAUAGUCGAGCAAAGAAUAGUUGACUAUAUAGCUGUUACCGCUGCGGAGGCUAAACACAUCUCUGAAGUACUUCGACCACUCGUGGACGAAAAUAAACAGGUUGUUGUGCAUCUAGGCCAGGACUUGGAGACGUUUGUCACGACGAGGGCUGAAGUUCUGGCCGUCUCUGAUGACACGAUCGUGAAUUUCACCAAGCUUUCCGUGCCAUACUACGACUCCAAAAACGCUCACACCAGAAAACGCUUGGGCACAGUCGAGGUCAGCUUACUUGAGAUCCCUUCAGAAAAUCAAAGCUUUCAGGAUUAUAGAAUAAGUGUGAGACUUGUCCAAAACAAAAUUAUCGGAGGUGCCACCGAGCGAAUAGGAGCUCUUCCUGGGCACAAUGUUCAAAAAAGUCUGUUUUGUAAAUAG